AUGGACAAGCUCAUCGUAUUUUUUAUCCUCUUCGGCACCGUUUAUUUUCUCGAAUCGAUCGGAGGAUUUUAUAUGACCAGCGCCGUUGUCUAUAUCGAGAAACAGUUCCAAAUUCCGUCCCGGCUCUCCGGUACGAUGGUCUCAGCCGGAGAUUUUGCCUACAUCCCCAUCGUGGUGUUUGCGAGUUAUUUUGGAGGCAAGGGGAACCGAGCCCGAUGGAUCGGCGCCGGGUGUAUACUGAUUGGAAUUGCGAACCUACUGAUUGCCGCAUCAAAUUUUGUAUUCCCGGUGGAGGAGUUCAACCUGGAUGGCAAAAAUGUGCCUGUCGCGCUCGCCUACGAAACAGCAAU